CAGCCGCGGAGAAAAUCUCGCAACUCGCAGCACUUGCCGUAACCUUAUUAGUCUUGUCUAUAAUUACAGUUUGCGCUUUGCAUGUUACGUGUUUCUUUUUUUAAUAUCUCUCUUAUUCUGAACAAGUGAGAAACAAUAUCUUUGUGUUGUGAAAGAAAUUUUGAGAUGAUAAAUUAGAAUUGUAUCUGUGUGCAUGUUUCAAUAUAUCUCUUUUAACUUCGAAAACAUAACCUCCAGACAUAACUCGUGAUUCAUAAAGUAUCUCUUCAAAACAAAUUCAAAGAUCUGUCAAGAAUGGCAGAUGUGCGUGAUAUCCUAGACAUUGAAGUUCCAACAACUACGGAACUUACAAAAGAGUCGAUACUGGGUAGUGACAAAAAGAAUCGUAAGAAGUAUGACUACAAGGUGCCAAAACGUCCAGAGGGUAUGCACCGCGAAGUAUUCGCGCUACUAUGCAAGGACAAUAACGAUGUUCCGCCGAUGUUUCCGACGGACACUGGGAAAGGAUACAAGCAAGCGCGCGCUAAGCUUGGUAUGAAGAAAGUGCGACCAUGGAAAUGGACACCAUUUACUAAUCCGGCACGCACAGACGGUGCUAUCUUCCACCAUUGGCGACGUGUCGCUGACGCUGGAAAAGAGUAUCCCUUUGCUAAGUUCAAUAAGAGAGUACCUGUCCCGACGUAUACAAAUGCAGAAUAUGUACAGCAUUUAGUAACCAAUGGUUGGACACGAGCAGAGACGGACCAUUUGUUUGACUUAUGCAGAAGAUUUGACCUUAGGUUUAUCAUUAUCAAAGACAGGUGGGAUCGUGCCAAGUUUGUUGCAAGAUCUGUAGAAGAAUUAAAGGAGAGGUACUACCAGGUAUGUGCUGCAUUGACAAAGGCAAAAUCUCAUACUGACAAGGUGUAUGUCUUUGAUGCGGAACAUGAGAAACGUAGGAAGGAACAGCUGAAAAAGUUGUUUGAACGUACUCCUGAGCAAGUGGAGGAAGAACAGACACUACUGGCUGAAUUGCGUAAGAUUGAACAAAGGAAAAAGGAGAGAGAUAGAAAGACACAAGACCUGCAAAAAUUAAUCACAGCUGCUGAUCACCAAGCAGAUCCCAGGAAGAGUGAGAGGAAAUCUUCCAAAAAGAGUAGUAGUUCUAGGAAUAGACCAAAUAAAACUGACACUUCGCAUGCAGUGGAAUCAGCUGGAAUUAAAUUCCCUGACUUCAAAAACAGUGGUGUUACUCUUCGUUCUCAGAGAAUUAAAUUGCCAAGCAGUCUUGGUCAAAAGAAGAUGAAAGGCAUCGAGCAAAUGCUGAAUGAAUUACGAUUAGAAUUAAACCCACCACCAACGGAACAGAUAUGUCAACAAUUUAACGAACUCCGAAGCGAUAUAGUUUUGCACUACGAGUUGAGAAGUGCAUUGUCGACAUGCGAUUAUGAGUUGCAGUCCCUGAGGCAUCAAUAUGAAGCACUAGCACCAGGAAAGACUUUAACCAUACCACCGGCGCUUUUACCAAAAACGGAACCAGAAGUUAAAGCGGAUAUUAUUGAUGUAGUAGGAUCACCCAGUACGCCCAGUGUUACCCAUUAAUUAAAGAAAAGACAAAUAGAUGAGAGGGUGAUCGAAUAUAUUAUGUAAAUAUAAUUUCUUUAGCAACGAUUUUUAUGGAAAGAAAUAGAAAGCCCACGUCAUCAUGCUGUAUUAUAUUACUAGACAAUUCUUAUUUUGUGUACUAUAAAGAAAUAAAAGACUUGAUAAAACGGA